AUGGAGCUGAGCCUGGAGAGCCUGGGGGGCCUGCACGGCGUGGCCCACGCGCAGGCGGGCGAGCUGCUAAGCCCGAGCCACGCGCGCUCGGCAGCAGCGCAGCACCGCGGCCUGGUGGCGCCCGGGCGCCCCGGCCUAGUGGCCGGCAUGGCGAGCCUGCUGGACGGCGGCGGCGGCGGCGGCGGCGGGGGCGCCGGGGGCGCGAGCGGCUCGAGCGGCGCGGGUGGCGGCGCUGACUUCCGCGGGGAGCUGGCCGGCCCGCUGCACCCGGCCAUGGGCAUGGCCUGCGAGGCUCCGGGCCUGGGCGGCACCUACACGACGCUCACGCCGCUGCAGCACCUGCCCCCGCUCGCAGCCGUGGCGGACAAGUUCCACCAGCAUGCGGCGGCCGCGGCCGUAGCCGGGGCACACGGCGGCCACCCUCAUUCGCACCCUCACCCGGCCGCCGCGCCGCCCCCGCCGCCCCCGCCGCAGCGCCUGGCGGCCAGCGUGAGCGGCAGCUUCACACUCAUGCGCGACGAGCGCGCGGCGCUCGCCUCCGUGGGCCACCUCUACGGGCCCUACGGCAAGGAGCUGCCCGCCAUGGGGUCGCCACUGUCGCCGCUGCCCAAUGCGCUGCCGCCCGCGCUGCACGGCGCCCCGCAGCCCCCGCCGCCGCCGCCACCCCCGCCGCUGGCCGCCUACGGCGCACCGGGCCACCUGGCAGGGGACAAGCUGCUGCCGCCCGCCGCCUUCGAGCCGCACGCCGCGCUGCUGGGUCGCGCGGAGGACGCGCUGGCCCGCGGGCUGUCCGGAGGCGGCGGCAGCGGCGGCGGCGCGGGUGGCGGGAGCACCGCGGGGCUGCUGGCGCCGCUGGGCGGGCUGGCGGCGGCUGGAGCGCACGGGUCUCACGCGGGCGGCGGCGGCCCGGCCGCGGGCGGCGGCGGCCCCGGGGCCGGCGCGGCGGCGGAGGAGAUCAACACCAAGGAGGUGGCGCAGCGCAUCACGGCGGAGCUGAAGCGCUACAGCAUCCCGCAGGCCAUCUUCGCGCAGCGCAUCCUAUGCCGCUCGCAGGGCACGCUCUCCGACCUGCUGCGCAACCCCAAGCCCUGGAGCAAGCUCAAAUCGGGCCGUGAGACCUUCCGCAGGAUGUGGAAGUGGCUGCAGGAGCCCGAGUUCCAGCGCAUGUCGGCGCUGCGCCUGGCAGCCUGCAAGCGGAAGGAGCAGGAGCAGCAGAAAGAGCGCGCGCUGCAGCCCAAAAAGCAGCGCCUGGUGUUCACCGACCUGCAGCGGCGCACGCUCAUCGCCAUCUUCAAGGAGAACAAGCGGCCGUCUAAGGAGAUGCAGGUCACCAUCUCGCAGCAGCUCGGCCUGGAGCUCAACACUGUCAGCAAUUUCUUCAUGAACGCGCGGCGCCGCUGCAUGAACCGCUGGGCCGAGGAGCCCGGAGCUGCCCCCGGGGGCCCCGCCGGCGCUGCCGCCACCUUCUCCAAGGCCUGAGGCGCCCCGGCUGCGCGCCCUCCCAGCCUCCACGGCCCGGGCGCUGCCCCCGAACCCACAUUCCGCCCCCCCCCCCCACUCCCACCCUGCCGGCCCGGAGACCUGCCCCAGGGCGCACCUGGAGGGGCUGCCGACCGGGCCCCCACACCCAGGGAAGGGACGCAGCACACCCCCA